AUGACUGAUGACUCCGCCCUUCUGCGUCUCCCUACCGUUGCUAAAAAUCACAUUCUGUAUUUCUGCGAUUAUUUGGAAAUCGCACGUCUUCGGAAAGUCUGCCACACUCUUCGAAACCAUAUCGAUAAAAAUAAACCAGACGCUCACGUGAAGGACGUGUGCCUAGGAUAUCAGAACGCUGACAUUUAUUUUGAAUCGGACAACGAUUCUAGAAUAUGGAUUAAUUACAAAGAAGCAGAAAGCGGAUGUACUGUAGAGUGUAUAUCCGACAUGGGUGAUCAUCCAGUAAAACCAAUUUCUGGAUUGGAUCCUAUGGGUGCCCUCAUUCAAGACUUCAAGAUUUACUUGAAACAUCUGAAGAGUCCAUUAAGAAAAUUCAAAUUGGAUAAAGUUUGUUGUGACGCACUCCUCCAAAUAAUGAGAUCUCAACCCCCGGAAUCUGGAUUUUUCCCCUUGAAUGUCGAUAAACUUGAGUUGCACAGAUUAUCACCUGCUCAAAUUCUUGCGACACUCCCGCUUUUUAAUGCGAACCGCCUGAAGUACUUGAAAAUUGAAGCUGAUAUGAAUGCGGUAACCGAUAGAGAUGGAUUAAAUGGUCAUGCUCUUUUUGAAACCGCACACUGGAGAAACGCGGAGAAAGUUAAUCUAUAUCCAAAUUUUAAAAUCCCGAAUGUCCGUCAAAUUUUCCAUUUGAAGAGAUUCGAAGGUUCCAUAUCGAGAGUGACUGCAGCUGAUGUUGACUUUUUGAAAAAUAACAUGACUUCUCCACUUCUACGGCUCCCCGAGAUUGCAAUUAACCAUAUUCUGUAUUUUUGUGAUUACCUAGAAAUCGCACGACUUCGCAAUGUUUGCCACACCCUACGAAACCAUAUUGAUGAGAAUAAGCCAGAUGCUCACGUGGAAGACGUGUACUUAGGAGAUCGGGAGUACGCUGACAUUUAUUUCAAAUCGGACAACAAUUCAAGAAUAUGGAUUGGUUAUAGAAAAGCAGAAAGCGGAAGUACUGUAGUGUGUAGAUCCCACAUGGGUAGUCAUCCAGUAAAAACAAUUUCUGGAUUGGAUCCCAUGGAAGCUCUCAUUCAAGAUUUCAAGAUUUACUUGAGACAUCUGAAGAGUCCAUUAAGGAAAUUCAAAUUGUAUGAAAUUUGUUGUGACCCUCUAAUCCAAAUAAUGAGAUCUCAACCCCCGGAAUCUCGAAUUUUCCCCUUGAAAGUCAAUGAACUUGAGUUGCACGGAUUAUCACAGGAUCAAAUCCUUGCGACACUUCCACUUUUUGAUGCAAACCACCUGAAGGUCUUGAGAAUCGAAACCGAAGCAUUGGGUGAUUUCCAGGAGCUAUUCGAAAGCGAGCACUGGGAAAACGCAAAGAGAAUUUCUACUUCCCUUUUAAAAAUUUCGAAUGUCCGUCAAAUCUCCCACUUGGAGGAAUUCAAUGGCUUCAUAACGAUGGUCACUGCAACUGAUGUAGAGUUUUUGAAAAAUACCUUCAUCAGCUCCCCACACUUCGAACGGUGUCACAUAGUAACUGACGUUGAUAUCGACGUAUUGUCCAUCAAGGAAAAAUUUGGAGCACAGUCUUUGGAUUUAGUCGAAGGAAUUAUGAAUCUUUGGUUUUUUCAUAUUCCGAAUGAUACCAACAAGGCUCUUCUGGUGAGAGUGACACUUGAAAAAAUUCUUGAAAUCGAACGUAUCAAUCGUAGCAAAGUUGUGCCUGGUGCCGUAAUUAUUUAUUAA